AAACACUGUAAAACAGGAGCGGGACGAUAGCUUAUUUCAGGAUGAUAAUGCUUCUGUGCACACAGUUAAACAAAUUCAAGAGAUGUUUCAUGACCACCAGAGUGAAAUCAAAUACUUCUGAACUUUCAUGACAUUUCUGCACUGUAGAUGUGACCUCAGAACUCGACCACAUCACAGGAGCUUUGAAGCUUCCAGCAGAGUGUGUGUGUGUGUGUGUGUGUGUGUGUAACAUCCCACUGAGACAUAAAAGCCUCCAAAAGCUGGACACCAACUCUUCUUCGCUGAAACAACAUUUGAGCUCUACACAACACACCAAAUGUACUCUUGAGAGUCUAAGUUCAUCCGUGAUGGACGUAUACUGCAGCAAUAAUGUUCUUCAGGCCAGGAAAGCCGUGGAGCAGCUCAGACUAGAGACAGAACUACAGAGAAUCAAGAUCUCCGCAGCAGCAGCGCAGCUGGUCCAGUACUGUCAGGAGCACCGGAGAGCGGAUCCGCUGCUGACCGGGAUCGCCGCGUCCUCCAACCCGUUCAGAGACAAGAAGACGUGCGUGCUGCUGUGAACAGCCCUGC